UGGGCCGAGCCCGCCGGGUGGUUGGAGCGCGUGGGGCCGAGGUGCGAGCGGGGCGCGCGGUGGUUACUCUGGUUACUGUCCGCGAGGGAUGCUGGCGACCUGGCGGUCCGGCGUCGUCCUCGCCGAGCCCUGACGGACGCUCUCCGGAGACAGCCAUUCACCCUCGAGGAAGGCAAGUGGCGGUCGGGCAGGUUCCGGGCCGUGACUUCGGGGCUUGCCCAGGAGAGGUCUCCGGGGAGAGCUGCGCCGCCCCGCUCCAGCCCGGCUUCGGGACUCCGGGGCCGGGUCUUCUGUUGGUUGGAGAAGGCUGCCGGGCAGUGUCGCUUAGGGGCGGCUUUCCCAGCACCCUGAUCCUUCUUCGCCAACUCCUUCCCGCCGAGCCCCUGCGGCUGCUGACAAUAGACCACUUAGAGCCCGAGGAGCGGACAUCCAAGUGUACGCACAGCCACACUCGUACCCCCUCCUCUGCCCAAUAGCGAGAUUGAAAGAGAGAGAGAGACCCGUCUGUCAGCUGGCCGAAUGAUCUGAUCAGGAGCUGUAGGCAGGCUUUAAAUGCUGCUUUCUAAGUCUCGGACAACUUAAGAUACAUUUGUACUCUCCAUGGUUUCACGAAUUGAUCUCGUCUGACUCUGAAACUAUUGACAGGAAGGAGUUGGGCCAGUGUCCCGCGCCCCCUUUUGACAACUACAUUUUGGAGAGAACGUCUUAAUCACCAAAACCCUCCCGAGGAAAAAAAAAAGACACCCCCCCCCAAAAAAAAAAAACCACAAAAAACCAAAAAUCCUCAGCCACCAAAGAAGCCUUUUGAACCAUGUGGACUUUUCUUGGCAUUGCCACGUUCACCUAUUUUUAUAAGAAAUGCGGGGAUGUCACCCUGGCCAACAAGGAGCUCCUGCUGUGCGUGGUGGUGUUCCUGUCUCUGGGCCUGGUGCUCUCCUACCGCUGUCGCCAUCGAAACGCGGGCCUCCUCGGGCGCCAGCAAAGCGGCUCCCAGUUCGCUGCCUUCUCGGAUAUUCUCUCGGCUUUGCCUCUUAUUGGCUUCUUAUGGGCCAAGUCACCCCCUGAGUCAGAAAAGAAAGAGGAGCUGGAGUCCAAUAAGUGCAGAAAAGAAAUCAACGUUUCAGAAACAACAUCAUCAGAAGCAGCUACCUCAGUAUCGACAUCUUCCCUGAAUGAUCCGGAAGUCAUCAUCGUGGGGUCUGGUGUACUUGGAUCUGCUUUGGCGACGGUUCUUUCCAGAGAUGGAAGAAAGGUGACGGUAAUCGAGCGAGAUUUAAAAGAGCCUGACAGAAUCGUUGGUGAACUCCUGCAGCCUGGCGGCUACUGUGUCCUCAAAGAACUGGGCCUCGGAGAUACAGUAGAGGGUUUUAAUGCCCAUCUUGUACACGGCUACAUAGUGCAUGACUAUGAGAGCAGGUCUGAAGUUCAAAUCCCGUACCCGGUGUCAGAGGACAACCAAGUGCAGAGUGGAGUUGCUUUCCACCAUGGCAAAUUCAUCAUGAGUCUCCGGAAAGCAGCUAUGGCAGAGCCCAAUGUCAAGUUUAUAGAGGGCGUCGUGCUUCAGUUACUGGAGGAGGAUGGCGCCGUGAGAGGAGUGCAGUACAAGGACAGGGAGACCGGAGACACCAAGGAGCUCCGGGCCCCUUUGACGGUUGUUGCAGACGGGCUUUUCUCCAAGUUCAGGAAGAACCUCAUCUCCAACAAAGUUUCUGUUUCCUCUCAUUUUGUUGGCUUCCUUAUGAAGAAUGCACCACAGUUUAAAGCCAAUUUUGCGGAGCUUGUUCUGGUCAAUCCAAGUCCAGUUCUUAUCUACCAGAUUUCAGCCAAUGAAACCCGAGUACUUGUUGACAUUCGUGGAGAAAUGCCAAGGAACUUAAGAGAAUACAUGGCUGAACAAAUAUACCCCCAAAUACCCGACCACCUGAAGGAGCCAUUCCUGGAGGCCUCUCAGAACUCUCGUCUGCGGACCAUGCCAGCAAGCUUCCUUCCUCCCUCCCCAGUGAACAAACGAGGUGUUCUUCUUCUGGGAGAUGCAUAUAACCUGAGGCAUCCUCUUACUGGCGGAGGAAUGACAGUUGCUUUAAAAGAUGUAAAAUUAUGGAGAAAACUGUUAAAAGGCAUUCCUGACCUUUAUGAUGAUGAUGCUGUUUUCCAGGCCAAAAAAUCAUUCUAUUGGUCAAGAAAAAGGACCCAUUCCUUUGUUGUGAAUGUGCUGGCUCAGGCUUUGUAUGAAUUGUUUUCUGCCACAGAUGAUUCCUUGCAUCAACUACGAAAAGCUUGCUUUCUUUAUUUUAAACUUGGUGGAGAAUGUGUGACGGGUCCUGUUGGGCUGCUUUCUGUACUGUCUCCUCACCCUCUGGUGUUGAUCCGACACUUCUUUGCCGUUGCCGUCUACGCCACAUACUUCUGCUUUAAAUCAGAGCCAUGGGCCACGAAACCCCGAGCCCUAUUCAGUAGUGGUGCUGUACUGUACAAGGCGUGCUCUAUAAUAUUUCCUCUCAUCUAUUCCGAAAUGAAGUAUCUGAUUCACUGAAGGGGAACCACGUGGAAGCCAAGUCCAUCGGAACUUGCCGAGGAUGUAUAUAGCAUAGAACUGUAUGACUUCUGCAGUGGCGACUCAAGGCCCAAGCUUGUGCAGAAGCAUGUAAAUAUAUGCCUUAAUUUACAGUUGAAAAUCAAGGGUCAAAUAAGCUAGAUGUUUAAAAGAAUGAUUGUUUCCACAAAUUAGUGCUAACACUGAAGUUUUUCUUUUGAUGUCAGUAUUUGGGGUGAUUCAUUGGCACAUGCAAAUAAAAUGAAGAGUGAACUCUUA